UUAGACUAGACGGCGGCGGCGACGAGGAAGAGGAUGUCGACGACGAAUUCGACGCUUAUAAAUACUACUCAUGAAUAUUAUCCGCUAGUGAAACAAACCGUUUCUAUGAUUAUAGUAUAUACUAUUGCCUAUAGUUUGGUGUUUUUUAUAGCGGUUGUUGGCAAUACUCUCGUUAUAUUAGUCGUUUACCGAAAUUCAAGGAUGCAUACGGUAACGAAUUACUUCAUAGUCAAUUUGGCCGUCGCUGAUAUUCUCGUGACUGUUUUCUGCCUGCCAAUCACGUUAGUUAACAAUCUAAUUUCAGGUUGGAGGUUGGGUGUCGUCAUGUGUAAGGUGACGCCUUUUCUACAGGGGACGUCCGUAUCAGCAUCGGUUAGCACGUUAGUCGCUAUAGCGGUUGACCGAUAUAUAGCUAUAUGCCAUACACUAGAACUGCAUAUGACCGGAACGGUCGCAAGACUAAUUAUCGUACUCAUCUGGUUGUUCUCAAUGGCUAUCAUGUCUCCAUGGGCUAUUUACUAUCAGAUAGACUACCAUAACUCUCCUCGUCAAACAAUUCCAACGUGUGUAGAAAUUUGGUCACAAGACCCUACUGCUGAUAAAAGUAAACAGAAAGGCUACUUUCUAGGAGCAACUUUCUUAUGUUGCUAUACCCUCCCUCUACUGUCAAUCGUUAUCUGCUAUACACUAAUCGCUCUAAGAGUCUGGAGGCGAAAUGCGCCGGGCGUGGCAAAUACUAGUGAAGUUAUUUUCAAAUCAAAAGUGAAGGUUCUUAAGAUGCUCUCCUGCGUUGUUGUCCUGUUUGCUUUUUCCUGGUUGCCGUUAUAUGCCACAAAGAUUAGAAUUUUGUUUGGUGGUUCUUUUUCGGGAAUGGAGGAAAAGAUUCUAAUACAAACUAUUCUCCCAAUAGCACAAUGGUUAGGAAGUUCAAACUCAUGCAUCAACCCAAUUGUUUACUGCUUCUUUAGUAGGAAGUUUCGAAGAGGCUUCAAAGAGUUAACUCUUCGCUGUUGCUCUUCACCCCCAGAUGGAAGGAUACCACUUUCGCGACUGUCUUCGAACACAUACUAUCACAGCGUUCACGAGAGCGCAUCGAAACAUACAUAUACUAGUUUACGGGCUAUAAAUGGUUCCCUUGCUGGGCGUAAGUCGCCAGCUGCCGUUGAUUUUAGUAAUACGGCUUGUUAAAGACAAACGUUUUUAUUUUUUACAGCUGUAUUAUGAAUUUCUAUAUUCUCUAACUAUUUACAAUUAUAUUAACAAAUUCUAUAUACGUUUUAAAGUUUUAUAUAUAUGUAUACUGUAUACAUAUGUAUAUGCUUAUUUUUUAAGUCAUUUCACUUUUAAAUAUAUACCUAUAUUUACAU